GCGGGACCUGCCCCGGAAGCGGGAUCUGAAGACCUGGGAGCAGGGACAUGGAGGCGCCCCGGGUGCUGCUGGUGAUGGGCGUGAGCGGUUCCGGGAAAUCCACUGUGGGCGCACUGCUGGCCUCCAAGCUGGGAUGGAAAUUCUAUGAUGCGGAUGAUUACCACUCCGAGGAGAAUCGAUUAAAGAUGGGAAGAGGGGUACCACUGAGCGACCAGGACAGGAUUCCGUGGCUUUACAGCUUGCACGACAUUUUACUGAGAGAUGUGGCUUUGGGACAGCCUGUUGUACUAGCCUGUUCAGCUCUAAAGAAAAUGUACAGAGACGUCUUGAUCCGAGGAGGAAGUGACGUGCCUCUGAAAAGUGAUGACUCAGUAAAGGAGGAACCGCUGGCAGGCCGGAAGCUCCUGGUGGUCUACCUCUGCGGGUCAUUUGACGUCAUUUAUGGACGCUUGCUACAAAGAAAAGGACAUUUUAUGCCGCCCGAGUUACUGCAGUCCCAGUUCAGUAUUCUGGAGCCCCCAUCAGCUCCCGAAAACUUCAUCCAAGUCAGUGUGGACAGAGGUCUCCCAGAGAUCACUGCUGCCAUUAUGGAAGCCCUCAAAUGAAGUACUCGUUCACACCUGUGGUUUCCAACGCACUCCGCUCCUAAGCUCCUCACCCAUGGUGUCUUCUAAAUUCUUUAUUUUAGAGACAGGGAUUCUCUGUGUAGACUAGGCUGGUCUGGAACUCACAGAUCUGCCUUCCUCUGCCAUCCCCGAGGGCUAGGAUUAAAGGCAUGCACCA